CAGCUGUUAGUUGUCCUCCCUGUUAUUUUCCUUUUCAUGGAAGUCUUACCAAGUCUCGGAUUCCGCCGAUACAAGGAGCCCUGCCCUACACGACUACCAAAUGUCAUAACCAAAGAACAAUGUGGGAAAGUGUGGCCUAAACUUCCAUCGAAGAGAUUUAGUCGCUUCCUGAGAGGCCCAGUGUGCACCCGACCUAAUGAUACCGUUCUGUUCGAAAAGCUGAAGGAUAUUGGUGGCUUUAACCCUCGAUACGUGGCAAUCAACCGUAGAGAGGCCAUAAAAUUUCCAAAUCUCCUCACAGAUAGGAACUCUGUGGCUGUUACCCGACCCCCAAAACUGCACACCGUGAAGGCUUCCGUCAGUAACUCCUCAGUUGGGAAGAAAAUAGGAAAGAGAGAAGUAGACAAUUUACCCAGGGCUGCAGGCACUAUCCUGGAUCAACAAUGCUUUGAUGCAGGUUCCAUUGUUGAAGGAAGCGGCUUACGGCGUCUUUGCAGCGAAUGCUCAGCCAUCACGCAGCUACCAGAUGAUAUCUUCCCUCGAUUCAUCAAUGAGAUUAUCUGCGAAGAAAGCAGCGAUUCCUGUGGCUCUCCACUUAUAGGCCUAUGUCAGCAGAGGAAUUUGGAAUUUAGGUUUCUUCAAUUCACAGGAAAUUUUAGAAGAAACUUCCUGCUUAGUCAAAUACUUAAUUUGGAUGUGUUUGUCGAAGAUACAGUCGAGUUUGAUCAAGAUGUUAGAGGAUGUUGCGAAUGCCGUACAUUCAGGGCAUGAAUAAUUUUUAAAAGUGCCAGACGCGAUAAUGAACUAUUCUUUAUGAAGUUCAAUUUUAGUUCAGAUCUAUUUCCUAGUAGCCUUUAUUGAUGCGCAAUAUAUUUUAGAGAAGCACUAACGAAGACACGUUCAUUUCAUUAUCUAUUACAUUUUGCAAGACUAGUGGGGAAAUCGCCUACGUGGCGAAUUUCGAAAGGCAGAGGCAUUUAAAGCGAAGGAUUCUAGAUAGAAAAGUAUUACUUGAUUGCGAUAAAGAACUUACUCUCAAUGUCUCUGCUUUUGAAGACGUACAACGGAAGUUUCAGGAAAAUGACAGGAACUGCAUUGUUUAAUAUAAAUUUCAAAGCACAAUGUGAUGUUGUGAUUACCACAGCAACAUGCGAUAUGCUGAUGUUUUGAUCUAAGUUAAAUUAUUCCUGUGUAAAAGUAAAAACGAUUGUACUAAAUAUAGAUAUUGUACUUGAUAAAUGUGGGGGUAGAGUCUACCUUGGCAUAAAGUGCUCAAUGCUGUCGUAGCAGAGCUGAGUAUAUAUAAGUGAAAGAAUCAAAGAGGACGCAUCGAUUCUCUGUUACGAGCGCUUAGGCGCGAAACUCAGAGUAACAGAGAAUCGAUGCGUCCUCUUUGAUUCUUUCUUUCUUUUAUUGUACUUGAUAUAGAUAUUACUAAAAAUGCUUAUUAAAAAAUAAAGGCUACCACAUACGUGACAAUACAAAGAAGUGCUUCUUGGUCUAUGCAUUUCUAAGAAGGAACUGAAAUUUCUGGUGGAAAUCCCAUCGAUAACAACAGAAACCGAGUUACGAUUCGAUUCGAUACCGAACGGAUCUGGUCUUUUUGCAUGGAAGUGGAUCCAAAAGUUACCUUGCCCCAGCGAUUCAGUGGGAAUCAAAAUGAAUAUAUUAUGAAAUGAAAAGUUUUAAAGUAACGAAUCGUUUUUGCUUGAAAUGAUAACGAUGAUUUCCACUCUUGGAAUUUUCCUACUUGGUAUAAUAAACGACACAUAUAAUAUCGAUUCUCCAUGUACCUACUGUAGUUAUUGAAAAGAGGGGCCACACUAACUUUCCGUUACCUUCUAAGUUUAUAACUUCCACUCGUGUUUGUAACACCAGUACUUAAAUCCUCAAUUAAAAGGAACAAAAUCUCAUUCAAAUUUAUUCGUGAAAGUUUAGUGAGAUAUGGAUGGGAUAUCCCUUGGUUAAUUAGAUACUAAUUUUGCGAUAUGUUUCUAUCCCCAUUAUGCCUUUGCACGCCCAAUAUUUUUUUCUUUGUCCGACCUCUUCUGCUCUAAAUCAAUAUCAGCUACAAUAGCGAAGGUGUUGAUUGCAGGGAGUAUCACUUAUUGAAAUCUUUGUAGUUGGACGCAUUUUCAAGAAAUUUGUUAAGUGCCAAAAGGUAGGUUUAGGUAUAAUUUCUUCUGAUUUUAGUGUUUAGGAAGAGGUUGGAAUCACUAUUAAAUUCUUUCCAGUCCGUUCAGUCAGUGAGGAUUUUAUUAUAUCACCUAACCGAAAUAUGGAAAGAGCAAACUAAGGAAAUAUUGCAGUCAUUCUACGAAGAUCGACAUCAUGAAACUGAAACUUGUGAUUAUAUAGAUAAUGAUGAGACACACGAAUAAAAGUGAAUUUCUGGUAGUCUUAAAUUCAUCAGUUUCCCUCAUAGAAGAAAAGAAUUAAAAUCUUAGCGUCUAAACCACCUUCGUGUUAGCUUAAAAUUUCUCUUUAUAAUUACAGUUCCAUAAUUCAGAGCUAGACUGGAGUAAUAAAUUAUUCCUUUGUUGUACAUAUAGUAACACUGGAAAACCUUCAGACAUGUUCGAAAUUAGACCUCACUCAACGGUAUUUUGAGCGUAUUGGCAAAUGACCCGGUAAUUUUUAAAGAAUCCUCCUGUUGGUUUAGUGAUAUCACGCUUAGAUGAUGCUAGGUGCAAAUUUUUUCUUUUUGUUACCAAUAAUUAAACAAAUUGAUACUAAGGUAGUUGCGGUCCUGACUUAUUAUCCAAAACAGAAAGUUUAGAGAAGGGUCGGGGGUAAAUUUUAAAGAUGAUCACCCUCACAUUCGUUACAUACCGAUACAAAGUGAUGUAAAAGUGAUGAAAAAGGCUAUAGAAAAUAAAAUGAGUACAUUCCUAAAUAUUAUCCAUAAAAUAUCGAUCGUAUAGAUAUAUGUUAGGAUAAUUUUUUUUUUAAAAAAUCAGUGAAAAGAUGUGAUAUUCGAAUCAGCGCAAUUUUGAAAAUCAUCUUAUUGCGAGAGAGAACAUCCUUUCUAGAACUAACCUAUAACAAUAAUAAGAAACGAUAUUGCCAGAACUUGUUUAUUCGGUCUGCAUUACUGAACUUUAUAUAUCUUAAUUCCGUUGUUGAUAGCGAAGACAAAGAGAAGCCAGGGAAUUGAGAAGCUUAAAAUUAAGCUGAUAUGGAGUUUUAUAAGGUGAGAAAAUUCAUACUCUUGCUUGAAUUUAAUAUUGUGGGACCGACAUUUCGAAGUCAGCAUUUUUCAAAGAAUGAUCUUUACGAAUGGAGUUCCAAACACAAUUGUUAGGUAACUCAAGGCCUCUAUGUUUCACUCAUUCAAGGGGGUUGGGCACCAUUCUAAAAGCAUCGGAUAACAAGGUUAGAUUUUCUCUCUACCGAGAAAGAGAGGUAAGGUUUUCAUCUUCGUGGGGGAAUUAAUGUAAUCCUUUCUUCUUCCCACGCAGGCCGAGCACGGAGUAAGUCGUUGACUGAGCUAAAAUACUAUUAUUCUUAAUCUUGAAGUGGAAACUAUAUGAAAGAAGCAUUAUUCUCUGAAAAAAUAAAAUCUGCAAUCACCUAAUGUUCUCAAGCGCACUCUCACCUAAAAUUUCUGAUAUACCAUCUGUAAAUAAAACCUCAUCGCUAAAAAAACCGAGGUUUAUCUCCAAAGCAGGACAUAACAUGUAAAGUGAACGACUUCUAUUGCUCGUUUUAUUUUUCUCAGGUUGUUUUCCUCUUUUCUCUGUGCAUCAUUCGAUUUCCAACAGCCAACGGUGGGACAAUUAGCAACAAGCAAGGAGGUAACGAUAUAAUUACCAUCCCACUUGGAAACCUAUCAGCCAUUACGGCUCCUACGUCCAGCCUGCAAGCAUCCAAUAUAACUCUGAAUGCAACCGGUGUAGCACCCACUGGAGGUUCUUUGAACGAUGGAAGCAUUUAUGCAACCCACAAGACCACAAAUUUGGAUCCUUCUACAGCAAUGAAGUCAACAAGGAAACCUAAAAGGACCGUAAAAAGGAUGUCGAAAAAAGCCUCGAGAAGCCGUCGUUGGACUAAGACUAGGAAGAGUAUGAAACACGGAGUCGCGCAAAGUGGGAGAGGUUUUGCAAUCCAAAACUCCACCAAUUAUGCCGCUAAAAAUACAACAUCAGAACAGACCAAUAUUCUAAAGCAGUCAUACCUGCCUCGUUCUAAGAAAGUCCAUCCUUGCAACACAGUACAAACAUCUGCGAUGAAUUACAGUGUCGGUAGCAUCAUGUGUCGCCGGUGGAAGAGCAGUGAGCUACAGCAUCAUAUGAGCUGUUUGGGGUCAUAUAGUCAUCGAUAUCUGGCAUCUUCCUUCAAAGAAGCGCAACACUUUAAAGAUCUUGACACAGGGAGGGUCCAGGACUUAAGUAGCUCCUAUGUUUGGAAUCAUUCGAAACACAGAGUUCAAAAAAGAUACGUCAACAUCAACCCAGGAGAAACAUUAAUCAGUCGGUGUCACGCGCGAAAAACGACCACGGAAUCCGACCAUUUAAGGAUCUGCCCAACCUGUGCAGCCAUAACACGUCAGCCAGUGACGCCAAAACGAUUUCCGGAGUAUAUUAAUGAGCUGCUGUGCGAUCCAAAAAUGGUGUCCAAUUACCUGCCCGGUAUCGAUGGCUUCUGUGUGCAGAAAACGUUUACGCUUGAUCUUUUACAAUUUACUGGGGAGUGGGAGUUAGAUACCGUACUGAGCGCGGAGGCUGGGUUCAAUGUUUAUAAGGAAAAAUGGGAAAUGUAUACUCAAAGAAUACGGCGCCAUUGCGCAUGCGAGCUGUUGGCUUCAAGCCCGAUGGCCAACUUCCUAUGA